GGUCGGCGCCGGAGCCGAGCCCGGAGGCCGGCCAGGCUCAGGCGUGCGCAGUGGUUCUCGGGAGUGGCUGGGCGGGCCCUCCCAGGCUGUCAGCUGUGGCCCGGGGCGCCCGGGCGGCGGUGGUCGCGGCCAUUGGCGGAGAGGCGGGAGGGGCGGGGCCCUCGCGAGCCGCUGUGGGCAAAGCCGUGGGCGCGGAGUCAGGCGGGCGGCCGGCUGGGGAGGCACGGGCCGGGCUGCUGCGUUCCAGCCUGGCGAUGGCAGCGGCUCCCCUGAAAGUGUGCAUCGUGGGCUCGGGGAACUGGGGUUCAGCUGUUGCAAAAAUAAUUGGUAAUAAUGUCAAGAAACUUAAGAAGUUUGCCUCCACAGUCAAGAUGUGGGUCUUUGAAGAAACCGUUAAUGGGAGAAAACUGACAGACAUUAUAAAUAAUGACCAUGAAAAUGUGAAAUAUCUCCCGGGACACAAGCUGCCAGAAAAUGUGAUUGCUGUCCCAAACCUCAGCGAGGCUGUGCAGGAUGCAGACCUGCUGGUGUUUGUCAUUCCCCACCAGUUCAUUCACAGAAUCUGUGAUGAGAUCACCGGGAGAGUGCCCAAGAAAGCCCUGGGAAUCACCCUCAUCAAGGGCAUAGAUGAAGGUCCUGAGGGGCUGAAGCUCAUCUCCGACAUCAUCCGGGAGAAGAUGGGCAUUGACGUCAGCGUGCUCAUGGGAGCCAACAUUGCCAGCGAGGUGGCUGCAGAGAAGUUCUGUGAGACCACCAUCGGCAGCAAGAUAAUGGAGAAUGGCCUUCUCUUCAAAGAACUUCUGCAGACUCCGAAUUUUCGAAUUACUGUGGUUGAUGAUGCAGACACCGUGGAACUUUGUGGUGCUCUGAAGAACAUCGUAGCCGUGGGCGCCGGGUUCUGCGAUGGCCUCCACAGCGGAGACAACACCAAAGCUGCUGUCAUCCGCCUGGGGCUCAUGGAGAUGAUCGCUUUCGCCAAGAUCUUCUGCAAGGGCCAGGUGUCCACGGCCACCUUCCUGGAGAGCUGCGGCGUGGCUGACCUGAUCACCACCUGCUACGGAGGCCGGAACCGCAGGGUGGCCGAGGCAUUUGCCAGAACCGGGAAGACCAUUGAAGAGUUGGAGAAAGACAUGCUGAAUGGACAGAAGCUCCAGGGACCUCAGACUUCUGCUGAAGUGUACCGGAUCCUGAAACAGAAGGGGCUGAUCGACAAGUUCCCGUUGUUUACGGCCGUGUAUCAGAUCUGCUACGAAGGCAAACCCGUGCAAGAGAUGUUGUCUUGUCUCCAGAGCCAUCCAGAGCACGUAUAAAGUGGCUCGUGCGGUGUGCAGGGGACCGUGCUGCCUUUCUUGAUCAGUCUUUUUCGUUCAAAUGGAAACUGGGACUUGGCAAUACGACGUUCGCUUGACCCUAAUCCCAUCAUGAGUGUGUGUAUGAAUUUUUACCGGUUGGUGUUUGAAUUGCCAGAAGCAGUUCGCUGGCUAAGAUGUGUUGGGCAACAACUAGACACAUGUGUGAACGUGCGUGUCUGUGUUCAUUUCUCAUGCCGUGGAUGUUUCUAUGAACCAAAAUUAAAGGUCCUUUUUAAAAAUUACUUUUGAAAAUUUCCCACCGUGGUAGCUUUGCAGAUGGGAACUAUCUCAGCUAAAUUUUUUUACAUUGUAUCCAUAUGCAUUUGAGUGAAGGGAUUUUUUUUUUUCCUCAUCAUCUUGAUGUUAAGACCGAACCAGCAUUAACAUGGUAGAAUGGAGGAGUGAGCGUGUUUGAUGCUUUUUGUUAGGCAGACCUUUGUGCAAACAUUUCCUCUAAGCCUCACAGAUCCACUGAGAGGGGGCUUCUGUUACUCGUCUUUUGAGUUGCAGUCCUGUGCCCUGGUCACCUGGCGAGUGGGGGCCGAGCUGGGAGUCAAGUCCAGCGUCCCCCCCACCCCAGCAAGGUGCCCAGACCUCAGGCAUCACCGGGCUGGAAGACCUGCAGCUAAUUGGUUGUGGCAGAUGCCAUGUGCAGCCUUUGCUGAGAUUCUAGCAGGGCUUUCUGCCGCUGACAUUUGCGUGGGGCAUCGUCUAGAUGCAUGCCACUCAAAGCGCGGUCCUCAUUCCAUCAGCUUCACUUGGAGCCUCUUAGAAAUGCAGGUUCCCAGGCCCCACCCCAGGCACUGAAGCGGGGUAAGGUAUCUAUGCUUCAGUCUGCCUUCCAUGUGUUUCUGAUGCUCACUACAGUUUGAGAACCACUACUUGAGAAAUCCUACCCAGAUGGGCACUUCUCAAACCAUGCUCCACGGGAAAUGAGCGUCCUGGGAUCGCGGGUUGUUCAGGUGUUCCCUGGCAAGGUCAAGUGUGUUUGGGGAAAGCUGCCCGUGCACAUCCCUCUUGAAGGUGGACAGUGCCUGUCAGUGUGUCAGCGGAACUUCUCUAAACCGGCAGGUCUCGAACACAUUCGAGACUAUGGAGGUGUUUUUGGCAAAGAAACUUGCCAAGUUUUCAAGGGAACGCUGUUCGAGGCUGAGGUGACCUGAGGACAGCUCCAGUAUACCCUUCACUCCCUGCAAAAGUUAGGAUGAAUAGCCACCUACCUGUGGUGGUGUUAGCCCCGAGCUUUUACAGUUCAGGCCUGCCGUGACUCUUGGAUGAAGCUUUAUUUAAGGUGACACUGUCAGUACAACAGGUAGAUGUCAACCUCGCUGAAACGCACAUUAUGUCAAAUAAGUGCUUUUAAUUCUAGAAUUAGAAUGGGAAUCACUGUAUCUUCUCAAAUGAGACUGAUUUCAGGAUAGCAUUAUAGUUACCUUACAUAGCACUUGGUAAGUGUUAAGGGAACAUAUGAAUGUCACUUAUAUAUUCAUGGAUUUUCAGUCACUUUGUAGGAUUUUGACUUUUUUUUUUGUUCUUUCAGUUUGGGGCUUUUUCCCUUCUAUACCUGAAAUGACCGUAGGAUAGAUUUUUGUGGGAAUUUUAAAAACUCAAUCCAAAACAUUUUGGGGGGCAUUUUAAAUCCCUGUACACAGAAGUAUAUGAAAGCACACAAAAUCUACAAAUUUUAUUGAUUUUAGUGCCACUGUUAAGUCAAUCAAUUAUUGCUUGUCUCAUGAUUACUCUUUUUUAAAAUUUGUACAUAGGUAACAAAGAGUUACUUUUUAAGAUACGUAAAGGGCUGUAAGCUAAUCAUGGUGUCUAUUAAGUAGGAUAAUUAGAUGUGAGGAGUUAGGAUUUUGUCUUACGUAUAUUCUCAUCUGCAUUCGGCUUCCUAAUCUGGGUUUUGUACUUGAUGGUUUUUUUCUUUACGAAUGUUCUCUCACUGAUCUGAAGUCUGCCGACUGUACCUCUUGAACAUACUUACAAUAUUCUGCACAUUAUGGAAAAAGACAAAUUUUAUAAGUUUGUGCUCUGCUAACUGUAGAUAUUUAUUACUCUACGAGUUAUCUAUUUUUGUAACCACCUGUGGUCCAUCAUUUAUUUUAAUUCUCAUUUCUUACUAAUUAUGGUAAUAGGGAGGGAGACAUCUAGAAGAAAAGCUUAAUUUGUUCAGCCAAUCUGUGAAUGUAAAAACUACACUGUUGCCUUGCUAUAAUCCAGCCUACUAUCACGUGGGACAAAUAUCUGUCUUGAAAUCCAUCCUAGCAGGUGGAGUUCAGCUAAACUGGUUUAUCAUUCAGCUCGUAACUAAAACCUGGCCCCAUGGCAUCGGCCCGCGGAGGGAUGAGGCGCCCGUGUACAGAGGGAUCUUUCGUUUUUCCACCACUUCUAAUCCGAGAGCCUUUUACUUACGUGCAUACUGUAUCUGUUUACAGACUGUAGGUGGAUAUAAUUUAAAAGCUUGAUUUAAUAAACAUUUAAUGACCCAA